AUCCCCCGCAGCAGUCCGGGCAGCUGGGGGUCCAUCACUGCCCAAGACCCCCAGACGUCCACUCUGCAGUAGGACGGGUAAUCAUAAUACAAGAUCCAGGAGAGUGCUACCUAAGCUGACAGUCUUAAAUCACCCUCAAGCCUGAGUAUGCCAGCUCAAGGAGCCGAGUCUGUGAGAAUGGUGGAGGAUGAGCUGGUUUUCUUUGUGAACGGCAAGAAGGUCGUGGAGAAGACUGCAGACCCAGAAACAACAUUGUUGGUUUAUCUUCGUAGAAAAUUGGGUUUGAAGGGGACCAAGCACGGCUGUGGAGCAGGAGACUGUGGGGCCUGCACUGUGAUGCUGUCCAGGUUUGACCGGCUACAGAACAAAGUUGUCCACUCCUCUGCCAAUGCUUGCCUCAUCCCCAUCUGUGCCCUGCACCAUGUUGCCGUGACGACCGUGGAAGGGAUCGGAAGUACCGAGACGAGGCUGCAUCCUGUGCAGGAGAGGAUUUCCAAAAGCCAUGGCUCCCAAUGCGGAUUCUGCACCCCUGGUAUCGUCAUGAGCAUGUACACUCUGCUCUGGAACAAUCCUGAGCCCUCCAUGGAGGAGAUCGAGAAUACGUUGAAAGGGAACUACUGCCGCUGCACAGGAUACAGACCCAUCCUGGAGGGCUUCAGGACAUUUGCUAAAGAUGUGGGAUGCUGUGAGGGAAAAGGGAAGAACCCAAACUGCUGCCUGAACGAACAGAAAGACAAUUCGGUCACACUCUCGCCAUCCUUGUUCAGUCCUGAAGAAUUCCUGCCCUUAGAUCCCACUCAGGAGCCCAUCUUCCCACCGGAGCUGCUGCAGCUCAGAGAUGCCCCUCGGAGGCAGCUUCGUUUCCAGGGGGAGCGUGUGUUGUGGAUCCAGGUGGCCACCUUGGAGGAGCUGCUGGACCUCAAAGCUCAGCACCCGGCAGCCGUGCUGGUGGUGGGGAACACCAGAGUGGGGAUUGAGAUGAAGUUUGAUCACAAAGUGUACCCAGUCUUAGUUUGUCCGGCCUGGAUCCCUGAGUUGAAUGCUGUGGAACACGGAACAGAGGGUAUCUCCUUUGGGGCCUCCUGCACCCUGAGCUCCAUGGAGGAGACACUUGCAGCGGCCGUGGCCAAGCUCCCUGCCCACAAGACGGCGGUGUUCCAGGGAAUCUUGGAACAGUUACGCUGGUUUUCUGGGAAGCAGAUCAAAUCAGUUGCGUCCAUCGGGGGAAACGUCAUGGCCGCCAGCCCGGCUUCAGACCUCAACCCCUUGUUCAUGGCGAGUGGAGCCAAACUGACAUUGGUGUCCAAAGGAAAGAGAAGAACCAUCCGGAUGGAUCACACGUUCUAUAAGGGCUCCAGAAAGACGAUCCUCACCCCAGAGGAGAUACUCCUCUCUAUCCAGAUUCCCUACAGUGGAGAGGAUGAAUACUUCUCCGCCUUCAAGCAAAUCUCCCGCCAUGAUGUGACCUGUGGAAUGAGAGUCCUGUUCAAGCAGGGUACCAUGCAGGUGCAAGAGUUGGAGAUGAGUUUUGGGGGACUGGGAGAUAGAAUCCUGCAGGCCCCAGAGACCAGCAGAAAGCAGACGGGAAGAGACUGGGACGAGUCGUUGCUGGCGGAUGUGUGUGCUGGUCUGGAGGAGGAGCUCCGCCUGGCUCCCGAUGCGCCGGGUGGGAUGGUGGAGUUCCGGCGCACGCUCACCCUCAGCUUCUUCUUCAAGUUCUACCUCACCGUGCUCCUGAAACUCAACAAGAAGAGCAUCGGAGAGGAGUGUGGAAACCUGGACCCCACCUGUGUCAGCGCCACUGCUCGCUUUCACAAAGACCCCCCGGCCAACGUCCAGCUUUUCCAGGAGGUGCCCAGGGGGCAGUCUGAGGAAGACAUGGUGGGCCGGCCCCUGCCCCACCUCGCAGCUGCCAGGCAGGCCUGUGGGGAGGCUGUGUACUGCGACGACAUCCCCCUGUAUUCCAACGAGCUCUACCUGCGACUGGUCACCAGCACCAAGGCCCACGCCAGGAUCAAAUCGAUCGAUACGUCGGAAGCCCAGAAUGUCCCCGGAUUUGAGUGCUUCCUCUCGGCCGAUGAUAUUCCUGGGAGCAACAUCACUGGGCUGGGCAGUGAUGAAACAGUCUUUGCUAAAGAUGAGGUCACUUGCAUCGGGCACAUCAUCGGAGCCGUGGUGGCCGACACCCCUGAGCAUGCCCAGAGAGCUGCUAGAGCCGUGAAGAUCACCUACGAGGAACUCCCUGCAAUCAUCUCGAUGGAGGAUGCCCUGAAGAAAAACUCAUUUUACGAUAGUGGCCCUCCGCUGAAGAUUGAGAAAGGAGACCUGCAGAAGGGAUUUGCUGAUGCUGAGCACAUCCUCGAAGGAGAGGUCUACAUGGGUGGACAGGAACACUACUAUCUGGAGACUCAGUGCACCAUUGCGGUCCCAAAAGGAGAAGAAGAAGAGAUGGAGCUCUUUGUGUCCACCCAGAACAUAGACCUGACACAGCACUUUGUUGCCGAAGUCUUGGGUGUCCCACUGAACCGGAUUGUAAUUCGUGUGAAGAGACUGGGAGGGGGAUUUGGAGGAAAGGAGUCCAGAACCACUCUGUUGUCCACAGUGGUGGCCCUCGCUGCCCACAGGACUGGCCGUCCCGUACGCAGCAUGCUGGACCGAGAUGAAGACAUGCUGGUGAUGGGCGGAAGGCAUCCCUUCAUGGCCCGCUAUAAGGUCGGCUUCAUGAAGAAUGGGAAAGUGGUGGCUUUGGAAGUUGAUCACUACAACAACGCGGGAAACAGCUUGGAUCUCUCGAAGCAUAUUUUGGAGUCAGCCGUAUUCAACAUGGACAAUUGCUAUAAAAUCCCCAACAUCCGGGGCACCGGGAAACUUUGCAAGACCAACCUCCCCUCCAACACGGCCUUCCGGGGCUUCGGGUCACCCCAGGGGAUGUUCAUAGCUGAGUCCUGGAUGAGUGAAAUUGCUGUGAAGUGUGGCCUCCCGCCUGAGGAAGUGCGGAGACUGAAUAUGUACGAGGACGGAGACCUGACUCACUAUAACCAGAAACUGGAGGGGUUCACGCUGCCCCGGUGCUGGUCAGAGUGCCUGGAGAGCUCCCAGUACCAUGCCAGGAGGAGGGAAAUCGAGACGUUUAACAGGGAGAACUCCUGGAAGAAGAGGGGAUUGGCCAUAAUUCCCCUCAAGUAUUCAAUAGGUAAAAGCAUGCUACAUCUGAACCAGGCCGGGGCCCUGGUGCACGUGUACACGGAUGGCUCUGUACUGCUCGCCCAUGGGGGGAUUGAGAUGGGUCAAGGACUGCACACCAAGGUGAUCCAGAUAGCCAGCAGAGUCCUGGGAAUCCCGAUGUCCAAAAUCUACACCAGCGAGACGAGCAGCAACAUAGUGCCCAACCCUUGCUCAACAUCUGCCUCCACCAGCACGGACCUUUACGGGAUGGCCGUCCAGGCAGCAUGUAAAACUCUUUUGGAAAGGCUGCAGCCAUUCAAAGACCAAAACCCCAACGGUUCCUGGGAGGACUGGGUGUCAGCAGCUUAUUUGGCACCAGUGAGUUUAUCAGCAACAGGAUUCUACAGUUUCUCUAACAUGGACUAUAAUUUUGAGACCAACUCGGGAAAUCGCUUCUUUUACUUCUGCUUUGGGGUGGCGUGUUCUGAGGUGGAGAUUGACUGCUUGACAGGUGACUACCAGAACAUUCGCACAGACAUUGUCAUGGAUGUUGGCACCAGUCUGAAUCCCGCAAUAGAUAUUGGCCAGGUGGAGGGAGCAUUUGUCCAGGGCCUUGGGCUCUUUACCCUGGAGGAGCUGCUUUACUCCCCCGAGGGCAGCCUGCUGACGCGAGGACUCAGUUCCUACAAAAUCCCUGCUUGUGGCGACAUCCCCACCAAUUUCCACGUGACUCUGCUCCGGGACUGCCCCAGCCAGAAAGGCAUCUACACAUCCAAGGCUGUCGGGGAGCCACCCCUCUUCCUCGCCUCCUCAAUCUUCUUCGCCAUCAAGGAUGCCAUCGGUGCAGCCCGAGCCCAGCGAUCAGAGAGCCAACUGGACCCGCUUUUCCGGCUGGACAGCCCGGCCACCCCGGAGAGGAUCCGCAACGCCUGUGUGGACAGGUUCACUAAGCUGUGUGGUACUGAGGUGCCGGCAAACUUUAAGCCCUGGUGUAAGAGAGUAUGAAGAGAAAGUCCUGUGAAGAAUCAUGCUGAGCUGAGAUUUCUUCUGGGAGUCCCCGACCCAAGCUUCUGCCCUCAAAGGACCACCCCUAUGAUUGACAUGUCACAUUCUCUGUUUGAGGGAGUUAUAUGUGUGGGAAGAUUUAAUCCAGCAAUAAGAGGGCCUACAAUUAUAAGCAAAUUAAGAACUUUUACCAAUGAUCUACAUAGGGAAUUUGCACUUCUUUUAAUGAAAAAUGAAUGCCCGUUACCAAAUUCCAUUGUUUAAAUUUAGAAAGACAGUCCCAAAGGUAACUAUGCUGCCAAGUGCAAUUUGUCUUAGGAACCUCUACCCUAACAUUCAACACCAGACAGCUGAUAUAUCUUACAGUUAGUCUCUAUUCUUAUUCUUCGAAGUGAGGUAAAGUUAACAUUAGUUCUAGCGAUGGAGAGGACCGUCUGCUAUAGGUCUUGCAUAGGCAUGAAGGCCUGAUACCUUCCUUUAAUUUGUCCUCUCUCCAGCCAGACUGGUGUGUGCAUGGCGGGGUGCCUGCGGUGAGGUACUCCAGUGCUGCGGCUUUGAGGAGGAAGAGCAGGUUCACACUCUUAACCUAGUGCAGUAUUCUCAGGCUCUGCGUGAGGGGGUGUCCCUGGGCUGUUUCUGAGCAUGGUUUCAGUUGCAUAGAUGAAUGCUGUGCUAUUAGCCAGGCUUGUGUCUCUUUUCUUCCCUCUAGAUUGGAGGCUGCUCAUGGGCAGGGAACAUAUCUACCGAUCCUGUUGUACUCACCCCAUGUGCUUACUAUAGUGCUCUUUACACUGUUUAUAAGUGCUCAGUAAAAACCAUUGAUUGAGGCGUAGAGAAUUGAGGCACUGGGGAGCAGCGUGCCCUCAUGGAAAGAACACAGUCUGGGAGUCAGAGGACCUGGGUUCUAAUCCUGAAUCUGAGGCUUGCCCGCUAUGUAAU